GACCCGGCUCAGUGAGUCCUGUAACGAGAGCUUCCACACCGGGUGAGCCAUGCCGACUGUCAGUGUGAAGAGAGACCUGCUCUACCAGGCCCUGGGCCGGACCUACACUGAUGAAGAAUUUGAUGAGCUGUGUUUUGAGUUUGGCCUGGAGCUAGAUGAGAUUACCUCAGAGAAAGAAAUUAUCAGCAAGGAAAAAGGUGAUGGCAAAGCAGAUGGUGCUUCAGACAUUGUGCUAUUCAAAAUCGAUGUACCAGCCAACCGCUACGACCUCUUGUGCCUGGAGGGACUUGUGCGUGGGCUUCAGGUGUUCAAAGAAAGGAUAGAUGCACCCAGGUAUAAACGCGUCACUCCAUCUGACAAACAGCUGCAGAGACUUUUUAUUACAGAGGAGACGGCUGCAGUUCGCCCUUAUGCAGUGGCCGCCGUUCUCAGGAAUAUAACCUUUACUCAGGAGAGAUAUGACAGCUUCAUUGAUCUGCAAGAAAAGCUUCAUCAGAACAUCUGCAGGCGGAGGGCAUUGGUGGCCAUUGGAACACAUGAUCUCGACACAAUAUCUGGACCCUUUAUAUACACCGCUAAACCACCUGCUGAGAUCAGAUUUAAGCCCUUGAAUCAAACCAAGGAGUACACAGCACCUGAGCUGAUGGAGCUCUACAGGACUGACAGCCAUCUCAAGCACUUCCUGCACAUCAUUGAAGAUAAACCUGUUUACCCUGUAAUCUAUGACAGUAAUGGGGUUGUAUUAUCUAUGCCACCAAUAAUUAAUGGUAAUCAUUCGAAAAUCAGUCUGAAUACUCGCAACGUGUUCAUAGAGUGUACUGCUACUGAUUUAACGAAGGCUAAAAUAACCCUGGAUAUCUUGGUUACCAUGUUCAGUGAAUAUUGUGCAGAGCCCUUCACCGUGGAGGAGGCUGAAGUUAUUUACCCAGAUGGAAGGAGCACUUUUUACCCGGAGCUGGCGUAUUGGAAAGAGACUGUGCAAUCAGAGAAAAUUAACAGUAAAGUUGGAAUCUGCGAGACACCAGCAAACCUGGCGAAGUUGCUCACCCGAAUGUGCCUGAAAUCAGAAGUGCUGGAAGACGGGAAGCAAAUAGAGGUUGAAAUCCCGCCAACGCGAGCAGAUAUCAUCCAUGCCUGCGACAUUGUAGAGGAUGCCGCUGUUGCCUACGGUUUCAAUAACAUUGAGAUGGUCAUCCCGAAAACUUACACCAUAGCUAAUCAGUUACCUUUAAAUAAAUUGACAGAGUUACUACGUCAGGACUUGGCUGCAGCUGGAUUCACUGAAGCCUUGACAUUUGCUCUGUGCUCAGUUGAUGAUAUUGCUGAUAAACUUGGAGUUCCUGUGUCAUCCACAAAUGCCGUGCAUAUCGCUAAUCCUAAAACUGCUGAAUUCCAGGUGGCCCGUACGACCCUGCUACCAGGCCUGUUAAAAACCAUUGCAGCCAAUCGAAAAAUGCCUCUACCACUAAAGCUGUUUGAGAUGUCUGAUAUUGUAGUGAAGGACUCCUCCCGAGAUGUAGGGGCCAGAAACCACCGUCACCUCUGUGCCGUGUAUUACAACAAGAACCCUGGAUUUGAAGUGAUUCAUGGCCUCCUGGACCGAAUUAUGCAGCUAGUGUCAAUGAAUCCCGGAGAGAAAGGAUACCAGAUUAAGGCGGCACAAGACUCCGCUUUCUUUCCUGGACGUUGUGCUGAAAUCCUGGUUGAAGGGCGCAGCAUCGGAAAAUUGGGCGUCUUACAUCCGGACGUCAUCACAAAGUUUGACCUUACCCUACCAUGCUCUGCUCUUGAAAUAACAGUAGAACCCUUUUUGUAAAACAAAGUUUUGUUUUUUUUUUGUUUUUUUUUGUGGUACAGUUUCUACAUAUAUAGCUUUUAGGGUUUGAUAAAAAAAAAGCAAUUCUGGGGCAAAGAACUAAAAUUAAAGUAGUUACAAUGGAAACCAAUGGUAUAUUCCUCUGUAGUGUGCCUGUCCUUGGUCUUUUCUCCGGGUUUGCUUUUUAGAAAUAUUCUCACAUUACAUUUGUUACAAAAGAAGCACAAUACAUUCCCCUCCAGAAUUGUGCUACAUAUACCUUUGUCUCUAUAGUUUCACUAUAUUCAUCUAUCACAAUGACUACAAUUGCAAUACAACAUCCUCUAACUUUGUAACAAGCUAUAUUUGUUUAAAGUAACCCAUGAGUAUUUAUUAAAGUGAGCUACAUCUGG